AUGCUGGCUGCCCUGAGCCACAAGCUCGACUGGAAUCCGUGCAUGCUCCUCCGCGAGAUGGUCGCUUUCCUCCAAAAAGAGUUCGAUGAUGUGGAGGUGACACGGUUUAUCAACGGAAUUAAGAUCUACAUCGGGGCUGGGCUCGUCGCGGCCGUAGACCUCGACAAGUCAGAUGGUUCCGUCGCGGCCGGCGGACCCAUAUCCUCCCUGCCUGAAAAGAGCCCCACCAUCACCAGUGGCUGCAAGCCCAAACAUCUUGAUCGUUGA